GGAGAAGGGAAUGUUUUCUUCACGUAGUGUAGACGCUGAAUUUGUGAUAACAUUUAGAGGCAUCUGAAUUUGUGCACAGGGGAACAAGAAGUAACGUUCUUUUUUUAAAAUGUAUGGUUUUGUGAAUCAUGCCUUGGAACUUUUGGUAUUAAGAAAUUACGGCCCUGAAGUAUGGGAAGAUAUCAAAAAGGAAGCACAGCUGGAUGUGGAAGGACAGUUUUUGGUCAGAAUCAUUUACGAUGACGCGAAAACAUAUGACCUAGUUGCUGCAGCAAGUAAAGUCCUCAAGAUAAAUGCCGGUGAGAUUCUACAAAUGUUUGGGAAAAUGUUUUUUGAGUUUUGCCAAGAGUCUGGUUAUGAUACAAUCCUGCGUGUUUUAGGAUCCAAUGUUCGGGAAUUCUUGCAGAACCUUGAUGCUCUACAUGACCACUUGGGUACCAUCUAUCCCGGAAUGCGGGCACCAUCUUUCCGAUGCACAGAUGCAGAAAAAGGAAAUAACCUCAUUUUGCACUAUUACUCUGAACGAGAAGGACUGCAAGAUAUAGUUAUCGGGAUAAUCAAAACAGUGGCUCAGCAGAUCCAUGGAACUGAAAUAGAAAUGAAGGUUAUACAACAGAAGAGCGAGGAGUGUGACCAUAUUAAAUUCCUUAUUGAGGAGAAAGACUCAGAAGAGGAGGCUUUUUAUGAAGACCUGGAUGGGUUUGAAGAGAAUGGUACACAGGAAACCAGAAUCAGUCCGUAUACUUUCUGCAAGGCAUUUCCCUUCCACAUCAUGUUUGACAGAGACCUUGUACUGACUCAGUGUGGCAAUGCCAUCUUCCGUGUGCUUCCACAGCUCCAGCCUGGAAACUGCAAUCUGGUCUCGGUUUUCUCACUGGUCCGCCCACACAUCGACUUCAGUUUCCAUGGAAUCCUAUCCCACAUCAACACUGUGUUCGUUCUGAGAAGCAAGGAGGGUUUGCUGAAUGUAGAAAAGUCAGAGUGUGAAGAUGAGUUGACUGGUGCUGAAAUCAGCUGCUUGCGGCUCAAGGGCCAGAUGAUCUACCUGCCUGAAGCUGACAACAUCCUCUUGCUUUGUUCCCCCAGUGUGAUGAAUCUUGAUGACCUGACCAGACGAGGACUGUAUCUCAGUGACAUCCCGUUACACGAUGCCACGCGCGAUCUCGUCCUCUUAGGGGAGCAGUUCAGGGAAGAGUACAAGCUGACCCAGGAGCUCGAAAUCCUGACUGACAGACUUCAGCACACUCUCAGAGCGCUGGAGGAUGAAAAGAAGAAGACAGACAGGCUGCUGUAUUCAGUUCUUCCACCUUCUGUGGCCAAUGAGUUGAGACACAAACGUCCUGUUCCAGCAAAGCGAUAUGACAAUGUGACAAUCCUCUUCAGUGGCAUUGUGGGAUUCAAUGCCUUCUGCAGCAAGCAUGCAUCAGCCGAGGGAGCCAUUAAAAUUGUCAACCUCUUAAAUGACCUUUACACAAGGUUUGACAUUCUGACAGAUUCACGAAAGAAUCCCUAUGUUUACAAGGUGGAGACUGUGGGUGACAAGUACAUGACUGUGAGUGGUCUACCAGAGCCAUGCACCCAUCACGCUCAGUCUAUCUGCCACCUGGCCCUGGACAUGAUGGAGAUAGCGGGGCAGGUCAAGGUUGAUGGAGAGCCAGUACAGAUCACUAUCGGUAUACACACUGGUGAAGUGGUUACUGGUGUCAUUGGGCAAAGGAUGCCUCGUUACUGUCUGUUUGGAAACACUGUCAACCUCACAAGCAGAACGGAAACCACGGGAGAAAAAGGGAAGAUCAAUGUUUCAGAAUAUACCUACAGGUGUUUGUUGUCAGCAGAGAAUGCAGACCCCCAGUUCCAUCUGGAAUACAAAGGGCUGGUGGCAAUGAAGGGCAAAAAGGAGCCAAUGAAAGUGUGGUUUUUAUCCAGAAAGUGCACAGAAACAGAUGUGUGACUCAUCAAUGAGCACUACGUGUCACUAUAAAGCCGGGCCGUAAAAAAAAAAAAAAAAAAAAAAAAAAAAAAAAAAAGACAGAAAAAAAGAGAAUUACACAAUGCUUUUAAGUUGCCAGUUUGGAAAUUCCACAGACAAAUUAGUUGUAAAACUAUUUAAUUAAACAUACACAGUGUGUGAGUGUGGGUAGCGUCAGGUGGGUUGAAGUAAGAAAGUGUAGUUCAAAUCCAAUUACUUAAAAAUAUAUUUUUUACAACACCCUCUUUACCCCCUUUGUGUUCAGCAGUGGGGAAAAGGGCAAGUAGAAAAGAUCAAUCGUUAAGCAAGUAUCACUAUUUAUACAUAGGACAUUUGGUAAAUUAAAGGAUGUGUUGAAUUGAGGACUAAAGGAACAGUGCCACAAGUACAGAGCAUGCAAAGCAAAAUAGACACAGUUUACCCCACCUGAUCCUAUAAAAUUCCAUUUUUAAACCACACCUGUCUGAUUUUUGUGUGUCGUUCUAAACCAUAAUUAGAUUUCCUGGUAAUACAUGAAAACUAUAAACAUGUGCCAUGUUUAAGAUUUUACAAUGGAUUUAUCAUUUUUCUUGUUGGACAGUGAGGUGCAACUAACCUCUGUAUUUCAUUUUGCCAAAAUAAAUGUUCCAUUAAUAUAGGUGCAUUUUUGAUAAUGACUGUCAUAACUCCAUGCAUAGUUGUAUUUAACAUUUGUGUUUUGUGAAUAACCUUUUGUACACUGAAAAAAACAAAACCAUGAAAGGAUGCAAAGUAAUCAGAAAUAUGUAAACACUGCACACACUUUGUAUCUUUUACACAUUUACUUUAUGACAAAGGGGGUCUAUUUUAAUGAUCUAAAUUGCAACCAUAUUGAUCAAGCCUGCUGUCACCAAAUAUCAUGAUGUUUUAAAGGGUUCUCCUGUAAAAAUGUAUGUUUUAUGAAGUUUUGAAGGAUGAAGUCCAUAUAUUUAAAACAUAAAUAGACUUAGGCCUGGAUUAAUUAAAUUUAAAACAAAAAUGGCUGUACAUAGCCAUUAUAAAGUUCAGCUAUUGCUCUUUUACUUCAAGCAUCAUUUUGCAAUGUCGACUAACCGACGAGUGAUAUUCUGAACCACUGCUGUUUAGAUCAAUAAAAUAUACCACAACAUUCACACUGUAUGUGCCAAGUACUGAAGAUAGUGUUAGGUAGAUUUCUGCUGUAAUUUAAUUAUGUUUGUUUUUUAAUGGUACUUUUUUUGUCAGAAUUUUGUGAUGCUGAGAUGCUUCAUGCGUUUGAGCUGUGUAAUGGUGUAGCCUUAUGUAAGUUUAUCACAAAUGUCUGUUGCCAAAAUGAGUCUGUAAAAUGACUUUAUUAUUUUUAAAUGUUUACUUCACUUGCAGUUUUUUUGUAUAUUCAACAGAUAAUCUAAAUUACUACACAUAAAUAAAUAAUUACUACACAGAAAUAAAUUGAAAGAAAAAAGAAGACAUGGUAUUGCAGUGUUUAUUGCUGCACAAGUACAUCUCAAUCAAUCUACUAGUCAAAAUUCAACAUGGACAUCUGUGUCCAUAAUUACUUCUAAAAAACACCAUGUUGAAGGGGUUAUUUGAACAAGUAAGAGAUUUCACACAACCCUUUCUCUUAUGAAACUAUCAACAGACAG